AUGGCUGUUGACAAGACAAUGCCCAUAGCCAUCAUUGGCAUGAACAUGAAGUUCCCAGGUGACGCAGUGUCUGCGCAAUCAUUCUGGGAUCUCAUCAUGAGCGCAAGGAAUGUAUCUAAAGAAAUCCCCGCCGACAGAUUCAACAUAGAUGCUUUCUACCAUCCGGACCCAAACCACCUGGACAGCUUACGCAUCCGCUGCGCACAUUUCAUGGAAGAAGACCCCCGCAGUUUUGACGCCCCAUUCUUCAACAUGUCCUACGCAGAAGCCUCAGUUCUCGAUCCACAACAACGCGGGCUUCUCGAAGGCGCCUACCGCACUUUUGAAAACGCCGGAAUCCCCAUGGAAACCCUCCCUCGGACACGCACCUCCGUCUACUGCGCGUCCUUCUCCCGUGACGGCGAAACAAUAACCGGGCGCGACUUUUCCGCUCAAUCGCGCUACCACGCCACGGCCAACGGCUCCUCCAUGCUCAGCAAUCGCAUCAGUCACUUCUUCGACCUGGCAGGCCCCUCGCUAACCGUCGACACAGCCUGCUCUUCGGGCUUGUACGCGCUGCAUCUUGGUGUGCAGAGCAUUCUCGCAGGCGAAAGCGCAAUGUCGCUUGUGUGCGGCGCGAAUACAUUCAUCACGCCCGAGAGCCAGGCGCUUGCGCUCAGCAACGGUGGGUUUCUGAGCGUAGACGGUAAGAGUUAUAGCUUUGAUGCCAAGGCGAACGGGUAUGCGAGGGGCGAGGGCUUUGGUUUCGUGUUACUUAAGCCGUUAGAUGCGGCGCUGAGGGAUGGGGAUGUGAUCAGGGCGGUAAUACGGGCCACGGGGGCGAAUCAGGAUGGUAGGACACCGAGUAUCACGCAGCCCAGCCAGCAGGCGCAGCUUGAUCUGUUGCGGGAUACCUAUCGCGUUGCCGGAUUAAAUGUUGCUGAUACUGACUAUGUCGAGGCUCAUGGCACUGCAACACCUGUUGGUGACCCAAUUGAAGCGGCUGCUAUAGGGCAAGCUUUCCGUGACGGUCGCAAGCCUGAUAGGCCGCUUUAUAUAGGGUCUGUCAAAGCGAACAUUGGUCACCUGGAGGGUGCGUCGGGCUUGGCCGGUGUCAUCAAGACUGUUCUCUCGCUGGAGAANGCAGUGAUCCCGCCAAUUGCUAUCUGCAGACAGUGA